AUUCAGACCUGGCGGAACAUGGCCUCGGCCACUGUGACAGCUGCAAGAUGGGGCCUGGGCCGGGGUCCUCCGCUCCUCUUCCGGCGUAGCUACCAGACAGAGAAGGGUGUCUACGGCUAUCGACCAAAGAAGCCAGAGAGCUUGGAACCCCGGGGCAGUCUGGCGCGCCCCCCAGUUGAUCAUGGUCUUGCCAGGUUGGUAACAGUAUAUUGUGAGCAUGGUCAUAAAGCUGCCAAGAUCAAUCCCCUCUUCGCUGGACAAGCACUGCAGGACAAUGUGCCAGAAAUCCAGGCCCUGGUGCAGACACUGCAGGGACCCUUUAACACCACAGGACUAUUGAACAUGGGGAAGGAUGAAGUCUCUCUUGAGGAAGUACUAGCUUAUCUCAACCAAAUUUACUGUGGGCAGAUUUCUAUCGAAACCUCCCAACUUCAGAGCCAAAAGGAGAAAGACUGGUUUGCCAAGCGGUUUGAGGAACUGAAAAAGGAGACAUUUACCACAGAAGAGCGAAAACAUUUGUCAAAAUUAAUGCUGGAAUCCCAGGAAUUUGACCACUUUUUGGCCACCAAGUUUGCCACAGUAAAGCGGUAUGGAGGUGAAGGAGCUGAAAGCAUGAUGGGCUUUUUCCAUGAGUUGCUGAAAAUGUCAGCCUAUGGUGGGAUCACUGAUGUCAUUAUUGGGAUGCCCCACAGAGGAAGACUCAACUUAUUAACUGGUCUUCUGCAAUUCCCUCCAGAGCUGAUGUUCCGCAAAAUGCGAGGCUUGAGUGAAUUUCCAGAAAAUAUCUCAGCCACUGGGGAUGUCCUAUCUCAUCUGACUUCCUCGGUAGACCUGGACUUUGGGGCACACCAUCCCCUCCAUGUGACAAUGCUGCCUAAUCCUUCGCACCUGGAAGCUGUCAACCCAGUGGCCGUGGGCAAGACUCGGGGAAGGCAGCAGUCCCGCCGGGAGGGGGAUUACUCUCCGGACAGUGGUGCGCAACCUGGCGACAGAGUCAUUUGCUUACAGGUUCACGGUGAUGCUUCUUUCUGUGGCCAAGGGAUUGUUCCCGAAACAUUUACACUCUCUAAUCUCCCGCAUUUCAGAAUUGGUGGGAGUGUCCAUCUGAUUGUGAAUAACCAGCUGGGCUAUACCACUCCAGCAGAGAGGGGAAGGUCUUCCUUAUACUGUAGUGAUAUUGGGAAACUUGUGGGCUGUGCCAUUAUCCAUGUCAACGGAGAUAGCCCAGAGGAAGUGGUCCGUGCCACGCGACUAGCUUUUGAAUACCAGCGCCAGUUCCGGAAGGAUGUGAUUAUUGAUUUGUUGUGCUACAGGCAGUGGGGCCACAAUGAGCUGGACGAGCCCUUCUUCACCAACCCGGUCAUGUACAGAGUCAUCAGAGCCCGAAAGAGUAUCCCAGAUACCUAUGCAGAGCACCUCAUUGCCAAAGGACUCAUGACCCAGGAGGAGGUGACAGAAAUCAAAACUUCUUACUAUGCAAAAUUAAAUAACCAUUUAACUAACAUGGCCAACUACAGCCCCCCUGCCACCAACCUGCAGGCCCACUGGCAGGGCCUGGUUCAGCCGGAAGCUUGCAUUACCACCUGGAACACAGGUGUGCCCCUUGACCUCUUGCGGUUUGUUGCCAAAAAGUCUGUAGAGGUGCCAGAGGAACUCCAGAUACAUAGUCACCUUCUGAAGAUGUAUGUCCAGUCCAGAAUGGAGAAAGUGAUGGAUGGAACAAAGUUAGACUGGGCUACAGCAGAAGCUCUUGCCUUGGGCUCAUUACUUGCUCAAGGUUUUAAUGUUCGUCUGAGUGGUCAAGAUGUUGGCCGUGGGACUUUUAGUCACAGGCAUGCCAUGGUCGUUUGCCAGAAGACUGAUGACAUGUAUAUUCCUCUGAACCAUAUGGACCCUAAUCAGAAAGGGUUCCUUGAGGUCAGCAACAGCCCACUGUCUGAAGAAGCUGUCCUGGGAUUUGAAUAUGGGAUGAGCAUUGAAAGCCCUAAAUUACUACCCCUCUGGGAGGCUCAGUUUGGUGAUUUCUUCAAUGGUGCCCAGAUCAUCUUUGACACAUUCAUCUCAGGAGGUGAGGCCAAGUGGCUCCUGCAGAGCGGCAUUGUUAUUCUCCUUCCACACGGGUAUGAUGGGGCUGGGCCAGACCACUCAUCUUGUCGAAUUGAGCGUUUCUUGCAGAUGUGUGACAGCACCGAAGAGGGGGUGGACAGUGACACAGUGAACAUGUUUGUGGCGAACCCAACCACUCCUGCCCAAUAUUUCCACCUGCUGAGAAGACAGAUGGUUCGGAACUUCAGAAAACCCCUGAUUGUUGCUUCCCCGAAGAUGCUGCUCAGGUUCCCUGCAGCUGUGUCAACUCUUCAAGAAAUGGCCCCAGGAACAACAUUCCAACCAGUCAUUGGUGAUUCAUCGGUGGAUCCAAAAAAAGUGAAAAGCCUAGUAUUCUGCUGUGGCAAACAUUUCUAUGCUCUGCUGAAGCAAAGAGAAUCCCUGGAAGCCAAGAAGGAUGACUUUGCCAUCAUCCGAAUAGAGGAACUCUGCCCUUUCCCACUGGAUUCAUUACAACAAGAGAUGAGCAAAUACAAACAUGUUAAAAAUUUUAUUUGGAGUCAGGAGGAGCCUCAGAACAUGGGUCCAUGGUUUUUUGUUUCUCCGAGGUUUGAAAAGCAACUGGCUUGCAAGCUCCGUCUUGUGAGCCGACCCCCUUUGCCAACACCCGCCGUAGGCAUUGGCACGGUUCACUUGCAGCAGCAUGAAGAUGUCCUCACCAAGACUUUUGCUUGAUGAUAUCCUUUGGAAAGACAAUAUCUCCUUUUAAGAAAACUGCCAGAAAAAGCAAGGACUACUUUCUCCUUCUCUUUAGAUAACAUGAAACCACUGUAUUCACCUAAGAUGAUGGGAUUUAUUAAGACAGUUUGAUUUGGAAUACGUAGUGACAUAGCUAAGGAAAUUGUCAUCAACAUUUGAAACUUGCAAGUCAUUUUUAUCCUUAAAAGUACAACGGAGUUAUGUUUUGGUUAGAUUUGAGUAAGUUGUACACCUAGGUCAUUAUCGAGAUUUUGUUUUAGAUGUCACUCUUUUUAAUUACCAGGAACAAUUCUUUUACUUGAAUCUGUGCCUGAAUAUAGACCCAAUCAUUUCUCAAUUUGUUUGAUGGACAUCUCUUUUGUUAAUUUCUUACUUCUUUCCUGGGACUACCAGUAUUUUCCUCCUAUGUAAUACCUGGUGCUGCUUUCCUGACACUGUGAAAAAUGAGUCACCAAACACUGCUGCAAAACUACAGUGUUCUUUCAAAUUAGUUGUUUUACUCAUUAUUCUUAAAUAUAAAGUCCUAUUAAAUAGAAAUAACUCAGAUCUUUUAGCAUAGCAUUAUUAAAUUAAGGAGUUUAGUUUCAUUGAAAUUAAUUUAUUGGCCACUAUGUGCCAUAGUAUCUUUUGUUUUUUAAUUGUUCUUCCAAUGAUAGCUCCAUAUUUUAAAUUGACUUUGUUGGCUGACAUGGGGAUUUCAGUCCCUGGUUAAUCAGUCUUGUUUCUAAAAACUCUCUGAUGCCAUGUGUGGCAUUAUUUGUGGUAUUCAAGGAACACUUUCACUUUGACAAGACUUCCCACUGCCAGAUAUUUGGGAAUUUCUAGAGAUCACCCACCUACCUCCUUAGUCUAAAAUUGAACAUAGUAAUGGAAAGAUAACUAACAGCAGCAAACUGUAGCUUCAUUUUACUUGCUGCUGUAGUGACUCUACCACCUACCAUUCCAUGCUGGGACACUGUUCUCAGAAGUGAUGGGCGAAGUUCAGGGUAGUGGGACACUUUCUCCACUUUUACUGGCAACUGGCAAUGCUUUUCAGAUCCAAUGAAUACAUUCUGGCUAUGGCAGUGAAUUCGUGAUUCAUCUCUUAAAUGUAUGCAUUAGUGUAUAGAUUUAACAUUUCUGUAAUAUUUAUAUUCCUUUUAUUCCUGAUAUACCCUAGUGCUCUCUCCUUUUGUCAGAUUAUAAAUCAUGUAACUUAGUGCCACUCACGCAAAUCAGUAAAAUUUGCAUUGAAAAACAUUUUCAAUGAAAACAAUUAUCUAUGUUGUAUGUUGAAUGAGAA